AUGUUAGAUUUUAUUGUGGAUGGUUUGGUUGAUGUUUGGGGGUAUUGGGGGGGUGGUUAUUGGGGUUGGUGGGUUAGUAUUAGAUUGGAUGUGGGGGGGGUGUGGUUGUGGGUGGAGGAGGAAAGGUGGUUUUUGGUUUUGGGGGAUAGUUUAUGGUGUAUUAUGUGGGUGGGGUGUUAUGGGGGGGGAGUUUGGGGGGUUGGGGGUAGUGGGGGUGGGUAUUGGGGGGGUUGUUUGGUGGUGGGGUGGUGGUUGUGGUGUUGGGGGUUGGGGGUUGGUUGGUUGGGUGGGUGGGUGUGGUGGUUUGGUGGGGGGGUGUGGUGUGGGGGUGUUUGGGGGGGGGUGUGGGGGUGGUUGGUGGGUGUUGGGGGUGGUGGGGUGGUGGGGUGGGGGGUUGGGGUUGGGGGUUGGUUUGGUUGGGUUUGGUUGGGGGAUUAUUGUUGUGUAUGUGGUUGGGGGGUGUUGUUUGUUGGUUGGGUUUUUGGGGGGGGUGGGGGGGGUGGGUGGUUGUGUGUUGUUGUUUUUGUGUUUGGGGGGUUUGGUUGUGGUGGGAGGUUGGUGUGUGUGUGGUGGGGGGUGGGGGUUGGUGGGUUGUUGGGGUUGUUUGGGGUUUGGUAUGUUUUUUUGGGGGUUGGUGGUUUGGUGUGGGGGUGUUUGGGGAGUGUUGGGGUGGAUUGGUUUGUGGGGGGUGGUGUGGUGGGGGUUGUUGUGGUUUUGUUGUUGGGUUUGGGGGGUGGUGGGGGGGAGGUGGGGUGGGUGGGGUGGGGGGGGUUUUGUGGGUUUUGGGGGGGGGGGGGGUGGGUGUUGUGGGGGGAUGUGUGUUGUUUGUGGGGUGUUUGUUUUGGUUUUGGGUUGGUGGAGGGAGGGUGGUUGGUUAUUUUUAUGUGGGUGGGGUUUUGGUGGGGGGUUUGUGUGUGUGGGUGGGUUUGUUUAGUGGUGUGGUGGGGGAGUGUGGGGGGGGGGUGUUUGGUGUGGGUGGGGUUUUUUGGUGUGUGGGUGUGGUGGUUGGGUGUUGUGGGUUGUUGUGGUUGGGGGGUUGUGUGUGUUGUUUGUUUGUUGGGGUUGUUGUUGGGGUUUGUUUUAUUUUUGUUUUAUGGUUGGGUUGGUGGGGUGGUGUGGGGGGGUGGGGGAUGGGGGGGUGUUGUGGGUGGGGGGGUGGUGGGUUGUGGUGGGUUGGUUGGGGGGGGGGUGGGGGUGGGGGGGGGGGGGGGUGGUUGGGGUUUGGGGGUGGGGGGUGUGUGUUGGUUUGGGUGUGUGUUUGUGGGUGGGGGGGGAUUUUUGGGGUGUGGGGGUGGGUGGUGGGGGUGGGGGGGGGGUGGGGGGGUGGUGGUGGGGGGGUGGGGUGGUUGUGGGGUGGUUUGGGGGUGUGGGUGGGGUGUGUUUGUGGUUUGUUUUUUUUUGGGUGGUGUGUGUGGUGUGGGUUUUUGGUGGGGGUUGGAGUGGGGGUUUUUGGGUGUAGGUGUUUUUGGGUUUGGGGGUGUGUUGUGGGUGGUGGGUUGUUGGGGUGGUUGGGUUGUGUUGUGGUGUUGGUGUGGGUGUUUGGUGUGUUGUUGGUUUGUUGGAUUGUUGGAUGGUGUUGUUGUGGUGGGUGUGUGGGUGGGUGGUGGGGGGGGGGGGUGGGGGGUGGGUUUUGGUGUUGUUUGGUGGAUGGGGUGGUGUGGUUGGGUGGGUUUGUGGGUGUGUUGGGGGGGGGGGGUGGGUGGGGGUGGUGGGUGGGGUUUUGGGUUAGGGGGGGGGUGGGGGUUUGGUGGUGUUUGUGGGGUUUGGGGGGGGGGUUUGGGGUUUGGGGGGUUUGGGGGGGUUUUUGGGGGGGUUGUGGGUGGGGGGUUUGGGGUUGGGGGGUUGGGGUGGGUUGGGUGGUUGGGGGGGGGUUGGGGGGUUGGGGUUGUGGGGGUUGGGGGGGGGGGUUUGGUGGGGUUUGUGGUGUGGGUUGGGGGGUUGGGGGUUGUGGGGUUGGGGGUUGUGGUUGGGGGGGGGUUGGGGGGGUUGGGGGUUGGGGUGGUUGGGGGGUGUGUUGUGGUGGUUUGGGUUGGGUUGUGUGUGGUGGGUUUUGGUUGUGGUUGUUUUGUUGUGUGGUGUGUGGGGGGUUGGGUUUGUGUGGGUGGUUGUUGGGUUGUGGGGGGUGUGUUUUGGGGGUGUUGUGUUGUGUGGGUGUGGGUUUGGGUUGGUGGGGGGGGGGGUUGUGGUGGGUGGGUGUGGUGUGGGGUGGGGGUGGGGGGGUGGUGGUGGGGGUGUGGGUUGGUGUGGGGUGUGGGGGUGGUUGUGGGUUGGUGGUGUUGUGUGGUGGGGUUUGGUGGUGGGUUGUGGUGGGUUUGGUGUGGUUUUGUGGUGGGGUUGGUGGUGGGUUUUGUGUGGGGGUUGGUGGUGGGUUUGGUGUGGGGGGUUGGUGGUGGGGGGGGGUUGGUGUGGGGUUUGUGGUGGGUUUGUGGUGGGGUUUGGUGGUUGUUUGGUGGUGGGGUUGGUGUGGUUGGUGGGGUGGGUUUGGUGUGGGGUUUGGUGGUGGGUUUGUGGUGGGUUUUGUGGGUGGGGGUUGGUGUUAGUGUGGGUGGGGUUGGUGUGGGGGGGGGGUUGGGGGGGGGGGGGGGGGGUGGUGGGGGGGUGGUGUGGUGGGGGUGGGGGGGGGGUGGGGUUUUUGGGGGUGGUUGGGGUUUGGGGGGUUGGGGGUGUGGGGGUGUGGUGGGGGUUGUUGUUGGUAAUGGUGUGUUGUGUGGGGGUGUUGUUGUGGUUGGUGGUGGGUUGGGGGGUGGGUUGUGGGGGGGUGUUGGGUGUGAGAGUUUGGUGUGUAUGUGUGUGGUUGGUGGGGUUUGUUUUAUAAUUUUGGGGGAUAUGGGGGUGGGGUUUGGUGUUGGGGUGUGGUUUGUGUGUGGUUUUGGGGGUGGUGGGUUUGUGUUUGGGUGUGGGGUGGGGGUGGGGGUGGGUUGGUUGGGGGGUGUGUGGGGGUGGGGGGGGUGGGUUGUGGGGUUGGUGGGGGGGGGUGUUGGUGGUUUGGGGGUGGUGUGGGGGUGGGGGUUGUGUUUUGGGGGGGGGUGUGGUGAGUGGGGGGUUUGGGGGGGGGGUUGGGGUGGUGUGGGUUGGGGGGGGGGUGGUGUGGGGGUGUGGGUGGGUGGGGGGGGUGUUUGUGGGUUGGGGGGGUGGGUGGGGGGGGUGGGGGGGUGUUUGGGGUGUUGGUGGGGUGGUUGGGGGUGGGUGGUGGGGGGUGGUGGGUGUUGGGGGGGGGGUUUGGGUGGGGGUGGGUUGUGGGUGUUGUGUGUGUGGUGUUGGUGGUGUGGGGUGUUGGGGGUGGUGGGGGGGGGGGGGGGGGGGGGGGGGGGGGGGGGGGGGGGGGGGGGGGGGGGUUUUUUGUUGUGGGUUGGGUUUUGGGGUGUGUGUGGGGGUGUGGGUGGUUUUGUUGUUUGUGGUUUGUUGGUGUGUGUGUGGGUGUGGGGGAUGGAUAGGGUAGGUUGGUGGAGAAAAUGGGUUAUGGGAAAUAUGGGAGGGGGGGGUUAUUUUGAGGUGUGGUGUGGUGUUGGGGUGGGGGGGGGGGGGGGGGGGGGAGGGGGUUGUUUAGUUUGGGUAUAUGAGGGUGGGGUUGGUUUGGGGGGUGUUUGGGUUUUAAGGGGGGUUAUUUGUUUUGUUUUGGGGUGGGGGAUGUGGGGGGGGGGUGGUAAUUGGGGGGGAAGUUUGUUGGGGGUGGGUGUUUGUUUUGGUAUAAUGGGGGGUUGUUUGGAUGAGGUUUAUAUGGUGUGGGGGGUGUGGGGAGGGGGGGGUUGGAGGUUGGGGGGUUUAUGGAUAUUUGGGUUUAUUUUGGGAUGGGGGAAAUUGGGGAGGGGGGGGGGGGGUUUUGGGGUUGAUGGGGGGGGGGGGGGUGUUUGUGGGGGGUGGGUGGGGGUUGUGGGGGGGGGGUGUGGUGUGGGGGGUGGGUGGUGGGGGGGGUUUUGUGUUGGGUGUUUGGGGGGUGGUUGUGUGGGGGGUUGGGUGGUGUGUUUGUUGUGUGGGGGGUGUGGGGUGUUGGGGGUGGUUUGUGGUGUGGUGUGGGUGGUGGUGUUGGGGGGGGGGGGGGUUUGGUGGGGGGGUGGUUUUUUUUUUUUUUUUUUUUUGGGGUUUGUUGGGGUGGGGGGGGUGGUGUGGGUGUUGGUGGGGGGGGGGGUGGGGGGUGGGGGGGGGGUGUGUUGUGUGUGUGUGGGGGGGGGGGGGGUGGGGGGGGUUUGGUGGGGGGUUGUGUGGGUGUGGUGGUGGGGUGGGGGGGGGGGGGGUGGUGUUUGGGGUGGUUGGGUUUUUGUUUGUUUUUGUGGUGGUGUUGGUGGGGGGGGGGGUGGGUGGGUUUUGGGUUUGGGGUGUUGGGGUUGGGGGUGGUGUGGGGGUGGUUGUGGGGGUGUGGGUGGUGAUUGGGGGUGUGUUGGUUUGGUGGGGGUGGGGGUUUGGGUGUGUGUGUGUGGUUUGGUUGUUGGGGUGGGUUGGGGGUUUGUUUUUGUUGGGGUUUGUAUGUUGGGGUGGGGUGUGGGUGGGUGGUUGGGGUUGUUGGGGGGGGUUAGUGUGUUUUGGUGGGGGGGGGGGGUUGGGUGGUGUGGUUGUGGGUGUUUGGUUGUGUUGUUUUUUUGUUUGUGGGUGUGGGUGGUUGGGGGUGGGUUGUGUGUUGUGUUUGGUGGUGUGGGGGGGGGGGGGGGGGUUUGUGGGGGGGGGUGGUUGGUGUGGUGGGGUGGGGGGGUGGGGGUGUGGGGUUGUUGGGGGGGGUGGUGGUGGUGGGGGGGGGGUUUGGUUUGGGGGUGGUGUUGUGGUGGGGUGUGUUGGUUGGGUUGGGGUGGUGGUGGGUGUUUGUUGGGGGUGGGUUUGGGUGGGGUGGGGUGUGGGGGGUUUGGGGGGUGUGUGGGUGGGGGGUGGGGGGUGUGGUGGUGGGGGGGUGGUGGGGUGUGGGGUUGUGUGGGUGGUGGUGGGGGUGUGGGGGGGGGGGUUUUGUGUGGGGUGUGGUUUUUUUGGGUGGGGGGGGGGGGGGGGGGGGGGGGUGGGGUUGGUGGGUGGGUUGUGUGUGGGGUUUGUGGGGGGGGUGGGUGGGGGGGGGGGGGGGGGGGUGGGGGGGGUGGGUUGGGGGGUGGGGUGGUUGGGGUGGGUUGUAUGUGGGUUGGGUGGGGGGGUUGUGGGUUGGAGUGGGGGUGUGUGUGGGUGUUGAUUUUUUGGGUUUGGGGUGGGGGGGGGGGGGGUGGGUGGGGGGGGGGGGGGGGGGGGGGGGGGUGGUGUUGGGGGGGUUGUUGUGUGGGUGGGUGGUGGGGGGGGUUGGUGGGGGGGGGGGGGGGGGGGGGGGGGGGUUGGGUGUUUGGGGGUGGUGGGGUGGGGGGUGUGGGGGGGGGUGGGGGGGGGUGGUGGUGUGUGUUGUGGGGGGUGGGGGUUUGGGGGUGGGGGUGGGGGUGGGUGUUUGUGGGGUUGGGGGGGUUUUGGGGGGGGGGGGGGGGGUUGGGGUGUGGGUGGGGGGGGGGGUGGGUUGUUGGUUUGGUGGUGUUGUUGGUGGUGGGUUUUUUUGUUGGGUGUUGUUUUGUUUGUUGGGGUAAUGGGGGUAUUAUUUUUUGGUUUGGGGGGGGGGUGGUUAUUGUGGGUUGUUGUUUUUGGUUUGGGUUGGUUGUGGGUGUGGGUGUUUGUGUGUGUGUUGGUUUUGGGGUUUUGUUUGUGUUGGGGGUGAGUUUGGGUGUUGGGUGGUUUGGGGUGUUGGGGUUUGGUGGGGGGGGGGGGGGUUUUUGUGUUUGGGGGGGGGUGGGUGGGGGUGUUGUGUUUUGGUGGGUGUGUUUUGUAUUUGUGGGUGGUUGGUUGGGGGGGGGGGUGUGUGGGUGGGGUGGGGGGGGGUGGGUGGGGGGGGGGUGGGGGUUGGGUGGGGGGGUGGUAGGGGUGUUUGGGGGGUUGGGGGGGGUUGGUUGGUGGGGGGGGGGGGGGGGGGGGGGUGGUGGGUGGUGUGGGGGGGGUGGGGGGAGGUGGGGGGUGUGGUUUUGUUGUUGGUGGUGGUGUGUGGUGGUUUUUUGUGUUGGUGUUGUUGUGGUUUUGGUUUGUGUAUUGGUUGGGGGGUGUUGUGAUGGUUGGUGUGUUUUGUUGGUGGUUUUGUGGGUUGGUGUUUUUGUUGGUGGUGUGGGUUGUGGGUUGGGGGUGUUGAAGUUGGGGGGGGGGGAAGGGUGGUGUUGUGGUGGGGGGGUUGUGGUAGGGUUGGGGGGGGGGGGUGGGGUUUGGGGGUGGGGUGGUUGUUGGUUGGUUGUUGUGGGGGGGGGGUGGGGGUUGUUGAGUGGGGGGGGGUGGGUGGGGGGGGGGUUGGGGGGGUGUGGGGGGUUUUGUGGGUGUGGUUUGGGGGGUUGGUGGUUUGGUUGUGGUGGUGGUUUGUUGUUGGUGGGGUGGUGUGUUUUGGGUGUGGGUGUGUUGGGUUUUGUGGGGGGUGGGUGGGUGGUGUGGGUUGUUGGGGGGUGGGGUUGGGGGGGUUGUGUGUGGGUGUGUGUGUGUGUUGUGUGGUUGGUGUGUGAUGUGGUUGGUGUGGUGUGUGUGUGGUUGUGUGUGGGUGUGUGUGGUGUGGGUUGGUUUGUUGUGUGUGUGAUGGUGUUUGUGGGUGUGUUGGGUUGUUGGGGUUGUUGUGGUGUGUGUGGUGGUGUUGGGGUGUGUUGUGGGGUGUGUGUGGUUGUGUUGUGGGGUUGUUGUGUGUGUGUGGUGUUUGGGUGUGGUUGUGGGUGUUUGGUUAGUGUGUGUUGGAAGUUGUGUUGGGUGGUUUUGUUUUGGGGGGGGUGGGGUAUUUUGGGAGGGGUGGAGGUGGGAUUAAUGGGGUUGGUGGGGGGUUGUGAGUUUUGGGGGGGGGUUAGAGGGGAGUUUGGGGGAAUAGGGGUGGUUGGGGGAGAGUGGGGUUUGUUGGUGGUUGGUGGUGGGGGUGGGGUGGGUGGGUGUGGGGUAGUUUGGGUGGUGGGUUUUUGGGGUGGUUGUAUGGGUGGGGGGGUGUUUGGGGGGGUGGUGGGGGGGUGGGGUAGGGGGGGGGGUAUGUGGGUUGGGUUGUGGGGGGGGGGGGUUUGGUGGGGUGGGGUGUGGGGGGGGGGGUGUGUGGGGUUUUGUGUUGUUGUUGUUUUUUGUGUGGUGUGUGUGUUUGUUGGGGGGGGUGAAGGGGGUAAGGGGGUUGAUGGGAUUUGUGUAAGGUUGUUAUGUGAGGGGGGGUUAGGGAUAGAUAGGGUGUUGUAUUUUUGUUUGUGGUUGUUUGUUGGUGUGGGGUGUGGUGGGGGGGGGGGGGGGGGGGGGAUAUGGGGGGGUUGUGAGGGGGGGGGAGGGGGGGGGUGGGGGGGGGUGUAUUGUUGGGUAGGGGUGGUGGAGGUGGGUUGGUUGUUUUGGGUUGUUUUUGGGUGUGGUUGGUGUGGUGUUUGGUGUGGGGGUGUUGGGGUUGUGUGGGGGUUUUUUUUAGGAGGGUUGAUUUAUAGUUGGUGUGGGGUUUGGUUUGUUGUGUUUUGGGGGGGGGUGGUGGGGUGGGUGGUGUUUGGGUUGGUGGUAUUGGUAGGGGGGGGUGUUGAGUGGAGUGUGUUUGGUAGUUGGUGGGGUGUGUGGGGUUUGUUGGUGUUUGGGUGUAUUGGUGGGGUGUGGGGUGGGGGGUUUGGUUUGUGGGGGGUGGGGGGGGUGUGUGGUUGGGUGGGGUUUGUGGGUGGGUUUGAGUAUGGGUUGGUUGGUUUUGGGGUGGGGGGGGGUUUUGUUGGGUUUUUGUGGGUGUGGGUGGGGUUGGGGGUGGGUGGUUUUUGGGGUGUGGGGUUGGUGUGGUGUGGGUGGGGGGGUGUGUGGGGUUUGUGUGGUGUAGGGUGGUGGGGGGGGGUGGUUUGUGGGAGUUGGUUUUAUUUGGUGGGGGGGUGGUUUGAGUGGUGGUUUUGGGGGGGGUUUUAUUGGGGUGGUGGGGGGUGGGGGUUUUGGUUUGGUGGGUGUAGUUGUUUGUUUGUUGGUGGGUUGGUGGGUGUGGGUUGUUUUUGGGUUUUUGGUGGGGGUUUUGGGGGGGUUUGGUGGGUUGGGUGUUUUUGUGGGGGUGUUGGGGGGGGUUGGUUUGGUGGGGGGGUGGGGUGUUUGAGUGGUGGAGGUGGGGGUGGGGUGGGUUGUGUGGGGGGGGGUUGUGUUGUUUGUGGUGGGGGGGGGGGGUGGGUUGUGAUUUUGGGGUUUGUUGUAUGGGUUUAUUGUGGGUUGGUUGUUUGUGGUGGGGGGGUGUGGGUGGGGUGUGGUUUGUGUGUGGUUGGUUGGGUGUGUUUGGUGUUGAUGGUGUUUGGUUUGGGGGGGGUUGUGGGGGUGGUUUGGGUGGUGUUUUGGGGGUGUUUGUGGUUUGUUGUGGGUGUGGGGUUUUUGGGUGGGGGGGGGGGGGGUGGGGGGUUGUGUGUGGGUGUUGGGGGGGUGUGGUGGGGGGUUGUGUGGUGUGGGUUGGGGUUUGGGUGUGGGGGGGGGGGGUUGUGGUGGGAUUAUAUAUGUAGGUUGAUUUUGUUUUGGGUUGUUGUUGUUUAUUAUUAUGGGGGUUGUUUGUUGUUGGGUUGGGUGGGGGAUGUUGUGGGGGGGGGGGGUGGGUGGGGGGUUUUUUUUGUUGAUUUUUGUGUUGGGGGGGGGGUUAGUGGGUGGUGUUUAAGAAUUAUUAAGGAGGAGGGGGGGGGUGUUUGGGGGUAG